AUGGUCUUUCCCGGGAGCUGGAUCACAAGAUGCGUCAAUGGCCGUCUGGCCUUCGCAUCGGCCAUCAUGAUGCUGUCCCAGAUCAACUUUGGGAUGGACCUGGUGGCCUUCUCCAAUACCCAGGCAAUGAAUGCCUUCAACAAGAAAUUCGGGGCUUACGAUGAAAAGCUCGAGCGCUACGCCAUCGACCCGUCCUUUCUCUCGCUGCUCAACAGCCUCACGUAUGUCGGUCAAGCGUUUGGCGUGGUAACCGGAGGUUGGAUCGGGCGCCACUAUGGCCGCCGCGCCUCCUUCUGGGUCAUGUCUUGCUGGGCGACCUUGUCGGCCAUCCUGCUUGUCACGGCGCAGAAGAAGGAGCAGGUCUUGGUCGGCCGCAUUCUCAACUACGUCUAUCUGGGUCAAGAGCUGGUCACGGUGCCCGUGUUCCAGGCGGAGAUUGCGCCGCCGCAGAUCCGAGGGAUCAUCGUCGGCACCUUCCAGUUAGGUACCAUGGUCGGGGCGUUCAUUAUGGCCUGUAUCACGUACGGCACGAGCAAACUCGAUGGCGAGCAGUCGUUCCGCAUUCCCUUUGGCAUUUUCUUCAUCAUCCCAUGCAUUGUCGCCGUCGGUGCAUGGUUCAUGCGGGAGUCUCCGCGAUGGCUUCUACUCCGUCACCGGGAGGCGGAAGCCCAAGAAUCUCUCCGACUAUACCGCAAGGGCAAAUUCACCGAGGAGCAGAUCAUGGAAGAAUACCAUGAGCAGGUGGCCAUGAUCGCCGUUCUGACCCAAGACAAGGGCACGUUCAAGGAGAUGUGGCAGGGCACGAACCGCAAGAGAUCCCUCAUCGUCAUCGGCGCCAACAUCAGCAUCCAGAUCAGCGGCCAAGGCCUGUUCAGCAAGUACGGGACCAUCUUCCUCAAGGAUCUCCAUGGCCCGGACCCGUUCCAGAUGUUUCUCAUCAACACGGCGUUGCAGAUCGUUGUCGUCCUUUGUGCCAUGUACAUGUUUGACAGGUUUGGGCGCAGGCCCAACUUGAUCAUCGGAUCCGCCAUUCAGAGUGCCAGCUACUUCGCCAUUGGUGGCUUGGGGACCAGAUCCGACCCGGGCAAAGGGACCAAGAUCGGCAUCACCGCUCUUUUCACCGUCUUCUACCUGGCCUUUGUCUUCGGCUGGGCGCCGAUCUAUCACAUUCUCACGUCCGAAAUUCCAAGCUCCCGCAUGCGAGACGUCACGUACACGGUGGCCAGCUUCAUCACCGUCGUCAGCCAGUUUGUCGUGUCCUUUUGCAUUCCCUACCUCUUAUACGCGCCCUACGCGAACCUUGGGUCCAAGAUCGGCUUCGUCUUCGCGCCCAUCGCGUUUUGUACGCUGAUGUUUGCCAUCUUCGGCGUGCCCGAGUGUCGCGGCUUCUCCCUCGAGGAGAUUGACCACCUGUUCAGACAGAAGAUUCCAGUCCGUCAUUUCUCAAGGUACAAGCACGGUCAGAUUCUCCCGGAAGAGGCGACCGAGCAGAUUGCACAGAAAAUGGGAGAAGGCCCGUCCGUGGAACUGAAGGAGGUAGUUGGGGCCUAG